AUGGCACCUUCAAAUCCUCUUGCCAAUUGGGAGAAGCUUGGCGACAGCUUUUAUCGCAAAAUCCCUGUAUAUGAUGCGAUCUUCGAGGAUGACGUUGAAUUAGAGAACUACAUCGUCGCGGGGGGCACCAUACGGUGGAGCCAUUGGUAUGCAUCAGAUUCUGGCCUUGAAAAAAAUACGCUCUAUCGUGAUGAGAGCAAACCUAUCAGAUUGCGGGAUACACAGGGAUCACAAUCAAGCGUGGAUGUUUAUUCUUGUUCAGGCAAGCUGAUUAACCGAAUUAAUUGGGAGCAAGCAACUAUUCGUGGAAUCGGCUGGUCCGAUAAGGAGGAGCUCUUGCUAGUUGCCGAGGAUGGCACUGUCCGCCGCUAUUUCGGCUUGGAUGGCGAUUUCACCUCUUUUUCUCUUGGCAGUGGUGCGGAAGAAUAUGGUGUGAGAGCCUGUCAGUUUUGGGCAUCAGGUCUCGUAGCAUUGCUGUCCAACAACCAGCUCAUUGCAGUCUCAAAGUAUGAUGAGCCGCGACCUAGGCUUCUUGCUCCUUGUCCUGAAGGCGAAGUCUCUUCGUGGGCAUUGAUUCCCCCAGCACAUACCCUUUCACGUUCAGUUGAGGUCUUGCUCGCAGUUGACCGCACGGUCUAUUUGGUUGACUCCACUGAAGCAGAGGACAAGAUCCUCCAAGAUGGACCAUUCAAGCACGUUAGCGUGUCCCCAACUGGACGGUUUGUUGCACUGUUUACCUCUGAUGGUAAACUCUGGGUUGUCAGCAAUGAUUUCCAGAAUAAGCUCAGCGAGUACGAUUCAAAGUCUCGAGUGCCUCCUAGCACAGUCAGUUGGUGCGGAGACGAUGCAGUUAUUCUCGCUUGGGAAGAUGAGAUCCAUUUGAUCGGACCUAGUGGGGCCGCGUCAAAAUACUACUACGAUGGCCGUGUGCACGUCAUAUCUGAGUUUGACGGAGUUCGUCUGCUCACAAAUGAUACCUGCGAGUUUCUUCACAAAGUUCACGAUGUUACAGAGGAGAUUUUCCGACUUGGUUCUUCUUCUCCUGCCUCUGUGCUCCUCGAUUCCGUAGAUCAGUUAGAGAAGAAAUCACCCAAGGCGGAUGAAAACAUACAGCGAAUCCGCCCAAGUCUCCCAGCAGCUGUUGACUCAUGUAUCAAAGCUGCAGGUCACGAAUUCGAUGCUUACUGGCAGAAGCGGCUGUUAAAGGCAGCAUCGUUUGGCAAAUCUGCACUAGAGCUCUACAAUAGUGACGAAUUUGUUGAAAUGACAGAGAAGCUCAGAGUCUUGACUGCGUUGAGGGAUUACCAAGUCGGCUUACCAUUAUCAUAUGAUCAAUAUCUCCGUCUCAGCCCAGAGGGUCUUAUUGAACGUCUGAUCAGCCGGCAUGAAUACCUUUUGGCAAUCAGGGUAUCCGACUAUCUCCAAAUACCUGCUGAUCGCAUCUAUGUUCACUGGGCGAGCCAAAAAGUCCGGAUAUCCACAGUCGACGAUGAAGCAGUAUGCAAGCUCAUUGUUCAAAGACUGGAGGGGAAGCCAGGUAUUUCUUUUGAGGUUAUUGCACAGGCAGCUUACGAUGAAGGCCGAUCACAUCUCGCUACACAGCUGCUCAACCACGAGCCUCGAGCUGGCAAGCAGGUUCCAUUGUUGUUAAACAUGGAGGAAGAUGAACUUGCUUUGGACAAGGCCAUUGAAAGCGGCGAUGACGACUUAGUGAACUUCGUGCUUUUGCACCUAAAGAGCAAGAUCCCCCUAGCAAGCUUCUUCCGAAUGAUCAAUACUCGGCCUAUGGCAUCUGCAUUGGUUGAAACCGCAGCGCGAGAUGAAGACACUGAACUUCUUAAAGAUCUCUACUACCAGGAUGAUCGGCCUAUUGAUGGAUCUAAUGCACUAUUGUCCGAAGCGCUACGGGGGACAGAUCCACAACGUACAGCAGAGAAGCUAGUUCUUGCAUCACGUCUGUUGUCAGACUCGAAGGACCCAACAGUUAUUCUACAACAGAAAAUGAUCUCAGAGGCGUCUCAGCUUCUCAAGGCGCAGGAAUCACUGGACAAAGAUCUGGCCGAUCGUUCAGAGUUCUUGGGUCUCAGUUUGAACGAAACAAUCUACAGGCUUGUUCGAGCCGGCUACGGGAAAAGAGCUCAGAAGAUGCAGGCCGAGUUUAAGAUGUCCGAAAAGACCUACUGGUGGUUGCGCCUGAGAGCCUUGGUUGCCAAACGCGACUGGGGCGAACUAGAGGAAAUUGGCAGGAAUAAGAAGUCCCCUAUCGGUUGGGAGCCUUUCUACAACGAGGUCCUAGGCGCUGGAAACACAAAAUUGGCUUCAGUGUUCAUUCCCAAGUGUACAACCUCCGACGUUUCGGAACGGGUUGAAAUGUGGGUAAAGUGCGGCAUGAUCGUCAAGGCGGGAGAGGAGGCACAAAAGGCCAAGGAUAUCAACGCCCUUGAAAUCCUUAGGACCAAGGCGUCUGGCCCUGCAAUUGCGGAGAUCGAGCGCAUGAUCAAUCAGCUCAGGCCGCGGAAAUAA